AUGACUGCAGAUCCAUGUUCUGGCCAGGAAGUUACCAGUUUCCCAACUACAAUACUUACCCUGGACUCUCCUGCAACAAGCCAGCCGGAAGCUAUUCAUCUCAAUACCAAUCAAAGCAGUGAAGAGGACUUGGCACAGGUAGAAGAAAUCGUACAGAAAUACGAACUUGAAAGCGGACAGUCUUUAACCGUUAAGUGUAAUUUGAAGAAAAAUCUAGGGUUUUGGAGAUCUAUUGGUGCUCCAAAUUUCAUUCUGACUAUUAUUGAAAAGGGCUACAAAUUACCAUUUGCUAGCUUUCCAUUAGCUGUAAGGCUAAAGAAUAAUAAGUCUGCUCGACUUCAUGCUAAUUUCGUUGACCAAGCUGUUCUUGAGUUAGUUAAUUCAGGUCGGGUUUGUAGGGUUGAUAAGCAACCUUUUAUUGUCAACCCCUUAUCAGUAUCUAUUCAGCCAUGUGGCAAAAAGAGAUUAAUUCUUGAUUUACGUCACGUUAACAGGUCCCUAAUUAAACAAAGAAUCAAAUAUGAGGAUUGGAAAAUUGCUAUGGCUUAUUUUGCCAAGGAUUCGUACAUGUUUUCUUUUGACUUGAAAAGUGGCUAUCACCAUAUCGAAAUUUCGCAGGAUCACCAAACGUUUUUGGGGUUUUGUUGGCGUGCUCCAGAUUCCAAUAACGAAGUAUUUUACGUUUUCACCGUUCUUCCGUUUGGUUUGUCUACAGCUCCCUAUAUUUUCACAAAGCUUCUUAAACCUUUAGAGAAAUAUUGGAGAAUACAAGGUACUUGCGUAGAUAUUUUCUUAGAUAAUGGUUGGGCGAUAGUUCAGGACAAAGAAGGUUGUCUUCUUAAGGCCCAAACCGUAAGGCAGGACUUGUAUGGUGCGGGUUUUGUAGUGAAUGAAGAGAAAUCGGUAUGGGAACCUACUCAAACUUUGGACUGGUUAGGUAUAACCUGGAAUUCUUUAUUGGGUACUCUAAGAAUUGUAGAGAGAAGAAUUACUAAGAUUACCAACACAAUAGAUCGUAUUAUUGAGGCCGAUUUUAAACUUUCUGCUAGAGAGCUGGCUUCUUUCACGGGUCAAAUUAUCUCUACUGCGCCUGUGGUUGGAAACAUUGGUAGGAUAAUGACCAGACAUUGCGUUAUGUCUACCUUGUGUAUAGAUAAUUGGGAUUCAGUAUUUUUUCUUGAUGAUUAUUGCAGAGAGGAAUUAUAUUUUUGGAAAGAUGAUUUGAUUAACCUCAACAGCAGAGAUUGCUUUGUAAGUAAAGAUCCUAGUUAUUUUGUUUACUCAGAUGCUAGCGCCACUGGAGGCGGUGCAUUCAUUGACUUUAACAAUGACUUUGUGUGUCACAAAUUGUGGACGGAGAACGAAAGUUUGCGAAGCUCAACAUGGAAAGAGUUAUCUGUUAUUGAAUUUUCAUUGAAAUCAUUUGCCCCUGUACUUAAAGGAUCGCACGUUAAGUGGUAUACUGACAGCCAAGCCGCUGCCAAGAUUGUUGAAAUAAUUUCUUCAAGCAAGUCAUGGAAAGGUUACCCAGUUCUUUCGUCAUUGAAUGCCAAUCAGGUUUUAGACGUGAUGUUGAAAUCCAGAGCAGAUGCUACAGCAAAAUCCUAUAUGCGAGUUAUUAAGAAGUUUUUGGAUUGGUGUAAAAGCAAGCAAAUAAGCUUUGAGCUACCUUUUCCUUCAGGUGUCGGUUCGAAGUCCAACAGUCUUUUAGUUCCAGUCCUUCUGUAA